AUGACCGAGUAUACCAAGAUGAAGAAGCCUGAACUUCAGGCCUUGCUCAAAGCUCGUGGGCUCCCUUCCUCUGGCAACAAGGACGUCUUGAUUGGGCGACUUGAGGACGACGACAACCCGCUCACGCAACCGUCGGCCAGACAGGUUGAUGAGAAUGAUGGACCUCUUCUCGAUGGCGUUCUAGAGUUGCUGCAAGAGUCUGAUCCGAGAGAAGUCACGAAGGCGCUGUGCAAGCUAGUUCAUGCGAAAAAUAUGAAAAUUGCCGCUAGGGCGCUGCAGAAGGAUAUGAAGAAUCAGCGUCGAUAUCAGUUCAGACCCCUGGAGUAUGAUUGCCAAGGCCCGCCAGAUACAAGCAGGAAAAUGUCUCGAGCCAACCUGUCCGACAUGCGGAACUGGAACACUAUACCAAUCCCUCGAUCGUCUUUGCGGCACUGGUUCGAAAUCCAAGAGCUUGAAAACGCAUACGUCCAACGGAUUCGGGAGAAUUGCAUCGAUGGAUUUUGUGGUGAUAUCUUCAAGUGUUUACAGUGCGAGAAACACAUUCAAGAUGCUAAGAUGCCAUACAGCCAGUCUGAAGACCUCGACGAGCCCCUCGACCAGACGACGUCGGAAGGACUCAUCAGUAAUAAGGACAUAACCUGUCUCAGAGAUGAAUUGACUAGUCUCAACACACUCCUACACAACAUGUAUCUCGAGAAGCUUGUGAGAAAGCUACAGCACAAUAAAACAGACCCUCACGAGUGGGAAAGCAUAAAAUAUAAGCUUGCAGCGGGAAAAUGCCUUGCUUCAACCUGCUCUUGGUGCAGCACAGCAACCAUAUCUGAAUCUUUGGAAGGCCAUGCUCGUGGUCGAAAGACUGAUUGUGGUCGUGAUCAGAUGUGCGCCGAAUUGAUAACUUGCUCAAGUUGGCGCCAGGUCGCCCAGGCUAUAGAAGACAUCCUGUCGCGAUACGACACAGGAGUUUGCAGAAGCGGAUCUUGCAAUAAUACUGAUGCUUGCUCAGCAUGUCGAGAACGGCUCCACAGCAGCUCGGUAGAUUCAAGUUUUGAGGACAAUGAGGACGACAUCUCAAACGACGAAGGUGUAUAUUGCGUCAACGACGACUGUGGUGGCCUCAAAACCUGCUGUGAUUGUCAGUACGAGAAGGAGAUGGAAAAUGACAAGAAAGCCGAAAGGAACCGCGACGACAUACGCAUGCGGCGUUUCAGACGACUAGGUCAAUGCGAUGGACCAGAUCCGGACAUGCCAUAUGGACUUGGUUGCCGCUUUCUCGACUGCCAGAGAUGCCGUAUGAUUGAAGCUACGAUUGGACCCAAGAUGCGAAACGAUGAACUUCGUCGUCGUCGCGCUGAGAAGAUUACAACAAGCCUGAAUCAAAGCUCUGAUGGUAACAUGACAGGUCACAAACGGAAGAGACGUUUCAGCAAUUUGGGUCUCAACUAUCCAUUGCGUUCGGGCCACCCCUUAGCAAAGCGAAUUAGAGACGAGGAAGACCGCGAAAGGGUGGAAAGACAACAAGCCCAAUCACGACACGAGCGACCAUCAUGGUUCGGCACACAUGAGGAUCCAUUGCCUGAUCGUUGGAUGGGCCGUCCGAUCCUUUCUGGUAGAGAAAUCAAUAUCUUGAAGGUUCAGGAUUCCAUACCAAAGUUCUAUCUUUCUCAGUCGGAGGAGGAUACUAUCCUGUUUGCCAAGAGAACAGAGGCAAAAAAGUUCUGCACUAUCAUUCGUAGACUCGAAGCCGAACUCAUGUCACGCGAUUUCUGGAUGCAAAGCCUGGGCUAUGAAGCAGAUGACGGAUUUGGCCAUGCUCCUGCUGGUGACUACUGCUUAGAGGACUCAGAAGGCCCUUGCGCCAAAAGGAGAGAACCGAAUUGCGUGGAAGAUUGGUUGUCGAGUUCUCGAAGACCUUGA